ACCUUGCAGAAGGUCGCAUCACAGCUUUGUUUACAUCAGUACCAUGCGAGCUCCUUGCUGGCCCGCGGUGUUAGCAUCGUAACUGUUCAUUUGUUGUUCCAAGUAGACUCAUGGGAAAAAAGGAUAAGAAGAGAAUAAAAUCAGAGGUAGUAAAUGCUUUGAAAAAGCAUUAUGAAACGUUUCUUGAAGAAGAUAAAAAACGAAAAGAACGCAAUGAGUUUAUUCUUGCACGCCUCGACCAGUUACGAUCCACUAUCCCCACAGCUUCUCACCAUCGGAUGCCAACUAUGCCAAAAAUUUUACAAAAAUGUUAUAGCCCCGAACAUGCAAAUCCAAAGCAUGGCGACGAAUUGAGAUUAAUGGCAAGACAUGAUAUGGCUCUCAUGCCAAUGACUUCAUCUGGAAGAUUCUUAGACGAACAACUGCUGCUCCAGCAGAUCAGUCAGAAAUACAUUCUUAUACCAAAGUUAGAAUCAGACCACCGAAUACCAGUUGACACCAAGUAUUAUACUCCUAAAAAAAAUGAUGAUGAAAACAAUGAAAACGACUGGAAAAGAAAAUACGAAAUCUUGUCCAAACUAAAAAAAGGUGAAAAAGAUUCUGAAUAUGACCCUGUACCGAAAGAUAGUGUGAAAACUAUUUAUGGUAAAAGUAACAACAAAGAUUAUACUGAUUUGAACGAAGAAGAUUACAGUGAAAUACCAGAUAGAGAUCGUGAAAUUUCUAAAAAUACGUUUGAGCUUCCUAAAAAACUUGAAAUAGGCCCAAACAAAUAUUCAAUGUACAAAUCUAAACCAAUAACUGGAGAGACAGAUUAUGAUUUCACUCAACACGCAGAUAUAGUUAAUCCUAAGUACACGAGUUCAGCUCAUGAUAAUAAAAAUAAUGAGAAAAUGCACGGGUACAACACAUUCAAGUCUUCAGAUGAAAAAGAAGAAAAAUACGAGCGUAAAUUAAAUGAAGAAUUCAAUGAUUUAGAUCUGACACCAUCAAGUGAGAGUAAUUAUGUUGACUACCCUAAGAAUGAUGAAUUGACAAAAUACGAUAGUCCAAUUAAAGCAAACUUAUACAGUAACUCAUGCAACCCCCAACGUCAACAUUACCAGCCACAACAUGACGAACCUGUUAUGAUCAAUCAAAAUUUUAUAAAUAAAACUGAAACCAAAAUACAAGACUCGACUUCGAACAAUACAACAAAAGAAGAUGUUGCCUUAACUGUCCCAAUCCAAAGUAUAAUAGAAAAAGAAAAUAUAGGAAUUCAUAUGCAAGUCAAAGAAAUUAAGACAGCACAUGCAUAUGUUUCUGAUAAAAACAUACCGGCUGAAAAAUAUAUUGAUUUUGAUAAAAAUGACAACAAUUUAGAUGAUUCUGAUGCUUUUAUCGGGGCAAAUGCAGCAGAUGUCCAACUGAAUAACGCAGAGUCGACGAACUAUGAUAAUAACAUCACUGAAAUAGAGAACAAUGUUGAUUACAACAAGCUCGACAACACUGAUCAAAAUGAAUUUGAUAAUACACCACAAUAUUCUGAGAAAGAGCCCUUUAACAAUAAUCAACCAGUAGGAUUGUAUCCUGAGACGGUGUAUGCCGAAAAUGAAACAGUGGAAGAACAACUUGACCCCAACCAAGAUAAGCAGUAUGUAACUCCAGCUGUAGAUGUUAGCAAGUAUGAUACAACUGGGCAGUUCAAUGAACCAUCCACGAACUUAGAAGAAACGGCUCAAAAUGAUUCAGUGGCGCCUAAUGCCACUGGGCACUACGAACCAACAGGGCAGUACGACCCUAGUGUAGAACAUGAACAAACAGGCGAAUAUGAUCCAAACACACAGAACGGUGAAACUGCACCGAAUGACCCAAAUGCACAAUACGAUCAGACUGCAGAAUAUGAUCCAAACGUACAAUACGAUCAGACCGGGCAGUACGAUCCAAAUGCACAGUAUGAUCAGACUGGGCAAUAUGAUCCAAAUUCACAAUACGAUGAAACUGCACCGAAUGACCCAAAUGCACAAUACGAUCAGACUGCAGAAUAUGAUCCAAACGCACAGUACGAUCAGACUGGGCAAUAUGAUCCAAACGCACCAUACGACCAAACUGGGCAAUAUGACACAAACGCACAGUAUGAUCCAAACGCACAAUACGAUCCGACUGUACAGUACGAUCCAAAUACACAAUAUGACCCGAAUGCACAAUAUGAUCCUAAUGCACAAUAUGAUCCAAACGCCCAAUACGACCCUAAUGGGCAAUUUGGUGAAACUGGGCAAAUUGAGCAAGCAAAUGUGUAUGCGGAUCCUCAACUUCAUGACCAAGUUCCGCAACCCGAAGUAUUCCCUGAACAAGAGGUGCUGUCAGAGGAACCAGCGGCGGUCGAAGCCAACUAUGAGCAACAACCGGAAGCCCUAAACGCCUUAGAACCUAAUGUUAAAGCUCAGGAAUAGAUUCACAUCGAU